CCAUUGAGGCAGUGCGUCGCAGUAGAGGUAUUCGCGUGGUAGCAUACUGUCCCAAAUACCGACUCCUAAAAUAGAACUCCGAGCACGACGGUGUUGAAGGCAGUAGGCUAUGCCACUGGCACAACAUAAACAAAAACAAACCCCUUUUGAACGCCGAUUUCACAGUUGACUUAACGAGGAGUAACCAUGGAGCAUGAAGAAUCGCACCGUUUUCCAAGGAAAAAGCGAAGGACUCGCCUCUGCCUAAUCAUGGGUCUAUGUGCAGUAUUUUCACUGGUCGUUAUCCUCGCUAUUUCUCUGGGAGUAGCGCUCAGUCACAGACUGUCCAGCCCAUCGAGUGAAAGCCUAAAAAAAACUAUUAUUGACAAAUGUGAAGCAUUUAUACAGAACAACAAAUCUUCAAGUGCAAAUGACUGUCAAAAGAUAUGGAGUGCAUUUGAGCAAGCAUUCGUGGGGAAGGACCCAUGUAAUGUACCGAUGGAGGCCUAUGACCUCCUUAUCCAUACUGUGAUCCAGGAUCCUGUCUGUAACAGGAUGUUGUUCUGGAGCAAAACCAAGAAAAUAGUGCAUGACUUCACAGAGAAGACAGAUUGCUUCCUGACCCUUGAGGACACACUAGUCGGCUUCGUCAUGAAUGGACUGACCUGGUGUGGCAAGGAGGAGAGCAACGAAACGUUCACCACAGGGUGCCCAGGCUGGACAGACUGUGUCAACAACACAGUUCGUUCAUUCUGGAAUCGGGCCUCAGCAGCGUUUGCAGAUGCCGCAUGUGGUGAUGUCACAGCCAUGCUGAAUGGAUCUAUUGCCACUCCUUUCAGCCCCACCAGUAUUUUUGCCACCAUCGAGGUGAAAAGGUUCAAAGCUGCCAAAAUGAAGAGCCUGAGUGUUGUCCUGGUGACCAAGGAGAAUGAGGGGACAACCUGUGAUGAUCCCUCCUUAAAGGACCUACAGAAAGAGAUAGAUCCAAAACUCAAGUACAAUUGCAAGGCGGUUCCUGAGUCUAAGAUCCAGGACUGCAUUUCCCAACCAGACACAGCUUGUGGCGCCUGCUGGUAAUACUGUCCAAUCAGCUGUGAGCAAGGCAUGGUCGACAAGAGUAUAAGUGGAUAUUCAUCCAUCAUGGAACCAUGGACUAAUCUUUGAAGUGGCAUCAAGCAGCCCCAGGCCUACCCUGAUCUGCAUAGCUUCCAUUCUUUACAGAAGUUCUUACAAUUUAAGCAUUUCCAUAGUAUCUACUUUUAUCUUAAUGGGCAAUUCCACCACUUUCCAACCUAAUUUUCAUUAUCUCCAGCACAAUAGAAAAUCAAAAAUUUAUUUUCAAACACUGUGAUUCGCGGUGACAUGGAGAGGAAGAAAAUACCCUCAUUGCAGAUUUUGAAAAUCACUGUUAUUCUUACACUCUUAAAAAAUAAAGGCGCAAAUUGGAACCAAAUAAGGUUCUUGUGAGCGAUGCCAUAGGGGAACCAUAAAAAAAAAAUCUAAUCCAAAAAUGUUUUGGCCCUCCAGGACCGGAAUUUAAUAGCCCUGCUGUAGGUUUUUAAGCCUUACUUGCAUAUUUCCCAGGGUGCCUUUCAAGUUAAUUUUAGAGUUACCCAUGACUGUGUUUGCUGGUGACAGAGACAUGGCUGUUGCAAUCAUUUAUUUUCAGUCCUGUGGCCUUCAACAAGUGAGAUCCUAAGUCAUUGGUCACCAACCAGUCGGCCACGAUCGAAUGGUUGAUCUUCAAGCCAUUUCUAGUCGAUCCCAAACAUUUCUGUAAAAAAUUGUCUGAAUAUUGACAUUGAUCUCAGGCCCUUCUUAUGACCAAUUAUAUUUUCUGUGAACAGGUCUUGAAAAUGAAUGUAUUCUUUCUACAGCUUAUCAGCGUACACCCAAUAUGUUCCCCCUGUUGAUGAUGCUUAUUAUGCAUUAUGGUUGAACCAAAAGAUUACAUGUAACAAAAACUUUUAAUGAAAUUGGAAAUAUUUAAAUAUAUACAGUGAGGGAAAAAAAAGUAUUUGAUCCCCUGCUGAUUUUGUACGUUUGCCCACUGACA